GUUUUCUCGGCGUACGCAACAUGCGCCUUAUUCCUGUCGGAAAAGCAAAUGCGUCUCUGAUUGGCUAAAAGGAGGUGGACCCCCUGGAGCCGGCGGGAUCUCCCCCUAGCUAACGAUCGAAUCCGCUACAGGAAAUUGGGUUGGAGAAGAGAUUUGUCCAUCUAUCCAGUUGGAUUGUCCCUGAUGCCACUGCCAGUGGCACUUCAGUCCCGCCUGGCCAGGCGAGGCCUGCUGAAACAUGUAGAGCCUGAGCCAGAGGAGGAAAUUAUUGCAGAAGAUUAUGAUGAUGACCAUGUUGAUUAUGAGGCCACUAGGAUGGAGAAUCUACCACCAAACUGGUACAAAGUCAUCGACCCUGCCUGUGGCCUUCCUUACUACUGGAACAUAGAGACUGAUCUGGUUUCAUGGCUCUCACCCAAUGACCCCAACUCUGUGGUGACCAAAGCAGCCAAGAAACUGAAGAACAAUUUAGAUGCGGAAGAGAAAACAGAGCGCUCCCAUGAGAAGGUGGAACGUGAUGAGGUGAAGGAACGUCGCUAUCACCGACGGGAGGAGCUGGCCCCCUACCCCAAGAGCAAGAAAUCAAGCCGGAAGGAUGAAGAACUUGAUCCCAUGGACCCCAGUGCUUAUUCCGAUGCUCCCCGGGGAACCUGGUCUACUGGGCUGCCCAAGCGAAAUGAGGCCAAGACUGGUGCAGACACCACAGCAGCCGGGCCCCUGUUCCAGCAGCGCCCCUACCCAAGCCCUGGCGCCGUACUGCGGGCUAAUGCUGAAGCUUCCCGGGCCAAGCAGCAGGAUUGAGAACCCCAUUCCUCCCUUCCCCCUAACGUAUUUGUUAAUAAAACAGGAGAAAACA